ACCCAUCUCCGCCGAUUUGCCCACUCUUCCCUCAUUAUCACCCACCACCGCAAUCAUUGGACGAGAGGAUUGGGUAUUCAAAUUGUUAAAUAUCAUAGCGAUUUAUUCUUAGAUCUAUUGAUUCCAACCCCAAAAGCUAUGGACAUUCAUUUCCAUAAUUGUCUGAAAGUGGGGAUCCUGUUGUUUUUCUUGACCGGCACUGGUUCUUGUGUAGAUAGGCGUUCGUCAAGAACUGAGAGAUAUAUCAUGAAAUCUUACUUUGAAAAGUAUGAAAGCUUAGAUGAUACUAAUUUCCAAGAGUUCAUAUCACAUGGACUUCCUUUUGGCUUGUGUGAAUUGCUUCAAAGCAAUCCCGAUCUUUUAAGACUGGCAGUUCCACGGCGCCUUCUGAUCGGUGAGGGUUCUCAUCGGCAUCUAUCUUCUUCAAUCAAGUUUCAUAUCGAGCCAGAGUCUGUGUCUCAGCUACCGUCCCAUUUUUGUAAGGUUCUGAUUGUAGAAAGACUCCCUUCUGGAGUAUUUGCUGACCCAUUUGAGCUCCAACAUCUUCUUGAGCGGGGUGUGUUCACCGAUGUUGCUGUUUUUGGAGAUACAAAUUUGGAAUUGCCAUCAAUUCUUUCAAACCGGUCUGCCAUCGAAGUUCACAUGGAUCUUGGCCCUAAUAUGUUGUUGGGGCACAAGAAGGAACUAGACGUUAACAUAGAGCUUCCAGUACACGCAAGAUAUCCACCCUUAGAUGAAAGCGGGUAUUCAACAGUCGAGUUUGGUACACCUGAUAUAAUCCUGCACUGCAGUAUAGAAGGGAAGUCACGUAAUCGGAGAUGUUUAUUCAUACCAACCAUUGAUGGUGCUGACACCAACACUGAACCCGUUUUUUGGAGAAUACCUUCAGGAAGAAUAGCGCACGCGAGGAUUGUAUUCGUUCUUACUUUCAUUUCAGCCUCUAUAUCGACUCUUUUGAUUGUUUGGACAUCUAUAUAUCAUUCAAACACCAGAAAUUCUAAAAAUGCAAAGCUCUCUUGAGGUUUUAUAACUUUUAUCUUGAUCUGAUAUGUUUAACAUUAUUUAAGCCUCAUAGGUCGUCUAAGUGCCCAUCUUUGAUUUCUCUUAUAGUUGGCACCUUUGCCUUUUGGAAUAAAAGUGUUGCAAUUCUCUUCAUGCUAA